UGCCAGCUCCACCUUCAAAACCUCCUGGAACUGAUUGAAUGAAAGGGGAGGUCAAAGUUAUAGGCACAGGUUCCCUGAAGUUCCAGUCCAUCCAGCUGCUGUGCAGGCAAAGACCAGAGAGAGGCAUCAGCCAUGGAGCAAGGGCUGGAGAUGAUUGUCUCUGAUUUCCAGUGCUAUCAGAACAAUGUACAGCACCACACAGAGGAGAUCAGUUUCCAGCGGCUCAUUGUGCGAAGGGGUCAGAACUUCUCCAUUAUAUUGUACUUUAAGAACAGGGGAUUCAUGUUGGACAUGGACAAGAUCAUCUUCAUCACAGAGACUGGUCCAAAGCCUGACCUCUCCAUGGGCACCCGAGCCAUAUUCUCCAUAGCAGGAUCAAACCUCAAGAGCCCGUGGAUUGCUCUGAUCAAGUCCAAUGGGGCCAACUUUCUGGAAGUCAGCCUGUGUGCCCCACCCAUGGCAGCAAUUGGCCAUUAUGUCCUGAAAGUUCACAUUGAAUCUUUCCAAGGACCAGUCUUGGCAUAUCAACUUGGGGAGUUCAUCCUUCUCUUUAAUCCUUGGUGUCCAGCUGAUGAAGUCUACUUAGAAAGUGAGCCUCAGAGACAGGAAUAUGUCAUGAAUGAUCAUGGCUUCAUCUAUCAGGGUAACAAGAACUGGAUCCGUCCAUGUCCAUGGAACUAUGGACAGUUUGAAGAAAAUAUCAUAAACAUUUGCCUGAAGCUAUUAGACAAGAGCCUGAAUUCUCAAGUUGACCCAGCUAUGGACUGUGCACUUCGGGGAAGCUCUGUGUAUAUCAGCAGAGUUGUCAGUGCUAUGAUCAACAGUAAUGAUGAUAAUGGUGUACUCAAUGGGAAAUGGAGUGAGGGCUUCGAUGAUGGAACUAGCCCCUCUGAAUGGAAUGGUAGUGUGGCCAUCUUGAAGAAGUGGUAUGCCACAGGGGGCCAGCCUGUGAAAUAUGGACAGUGUUGGGUCUUUGCAGCUGUGAUGUGCACAGUGAUGAGGUGCCUGGGGAUCCCCACUCGUGUCAUCACCAACUUUGAUUCAGGGCAUGACACAGACGGAAAUUUGAUUAUUGAUGAGUAUUUUGACAACACUGGCAGGAUCUUGGAGAAUAAGAAGAAGGACACUGUAUGGAAUUUCCAUGUGUGGAAUGAAUGCUGGAUGAGUCGCAAAGAUCUCCCCCCAGGAUAUGGAGGUUGGCAGUUGCUAGAUGCCACUCCUCAAGAGACAAGCAAUGGUGUCUACUGCUGUGGGCCUGCCUCAGUCAGAGCCAUUAAAGAAGGAGAGGUGGAGCUGAAAUAUGACACAGCUUUUGCCUUUUCUAUGGUGAAUGCUGACUGUGUGUCCUGGCUUGUCUAUGGUGGAAAGGAGCAGAAACUUCACCGUUACACCAAUUCGGUUGGCAAUUUUAUCAGUACUAAGAGCAUCCAGAGCGAUGACAGAGAUGACAUUACUGAGAACUACAAGUAUCAAGAAGGCUCACCCAUGGAGCGAGAGAGAUAUAUGAAAGCUCUUCAGAAACUGCAGCCAAGAGGAUACCCAGAGCAUCCCAGAGCCAGUUCCCAGCCUGCAGGGCCCCUGUCAACAAGGGGAGGCGGACCCCUAGGCCACAAUUCUCCUACCCCUCCACAGGCUGUGAGCCUGAAACUCAAGCUGACCCAGCCUGCCUACCUGGGUCUGGACAUAAACUUUGUUCUACAGACGUUCAACUUGGCUCCUCAGUUCAAAGCCCUUAAGGUGAACCUGAGCGCUCAGUCCAUGCUCCAUGACGGCAGCCCCCUGAAUGUUUUCUGGCAAGACACGGCAUUCAUCACUCUAAUGCCCAGCGAAGCAAAGACGUUACCCUGCAUAAUUCCCUAUUCCCAGUACAGCGAGUUUCUGUCACCAGACAAGCAGAUCCGGAUCAGUGCCCUGGGAGAAGAGAAGAACAGCUCAGAGAGAUUCCUCAUUGACAAGAUCAUCACCUUGGAACUCCCAAGCAUCGUGAUUAAUGUUCUGGGAGAAGCCAUUGUGGGGCAGCUACUUACCAUGCAAGUGAUAUUUCAAAAUCCUCUCUGGGAGGAGGUAGGAGAUUGUGUGCUGACUGUGGAAGGCAGUGGCCUGUUCAAGAAACAGUACAAGAUCAUUAUCGGAAUCCUCAAACCUCAAAGUAAGGCCAGCGUCACUAUUAAAACUGUCCCCUUCAAGAGUGGCCAGCGGCAGAUCCAAGCCAAUUUGAAGAGUGACAGAUUUAAGGAUAUCAAAGGAUACAGGAACGUAAAUGUCUCCCCUGGAUUAUAAGCCCUCUGUGGAGGAGCUGUGUAUCUCUGAUGUAUAUCUCUUCGGUGUCACAGAAGUUACAUUCAACAAUUGACCAUCACCAUUCCCAACAAACACCAGGGGCUCUUCUGUUGGCACUUGGAUGAGCAGCCAGAGGGGAAUACAGACUCUGGGCUUCUCACUUUGCCAUUUGUACAUCUGUCUGUCUGAAGGCUCUUCCUGCUUGUGUCACAACUCUUCCAAGAGUGUUCUGCACCCAGGUCUGAGAAGAAAGGCCAGCUGGGACUUCAUUGGGAUUUGGCUGCCUGGUGGCCAACUGGGAAAUAAGAGGACCUGAGCAGCUUUGCCAUUUGCACUUGUCUCCCUGAACAAUACACUUCAUUAUUAUUGUAUUAUUCCUGUGUUCUCUACCCUAGCCACUCCCAAUUCAUCUCCUCUGUCCUUUGUGACUAGUCGCCUUUCAGAUGGCACCUCUUAAACACGGUGUCCCCAAAGUGUUGAUACACUAAGAACUGAAAACCACAUUAAAACUUUUGCAGCUCCCCAUCAUAUGUUGCUUUGUUUCCAGGACCACCUUCUUGUUUCAGCUCUCUAAACCCAAGGUACAGGUGAUAGAAAAUUAGCAGAAUGCCACUAAAUUGAAAUUAAAAUCUUAGUCAUAAAUUGGCCCUGCCACUCACUUAGGUUCUUAAGUAGACCCAAUGGGACACUCAUCAGAGGAGCAGAGUGGCAAACUACCCUGGGCUGCUCUGUUUAUAACCCUGGCACUAACUGGUGUUAGUUAGAAGGAAAUCCUGACUAGGGGAAGAAAGGAAAAUAGUAGAGGCUGUGAUGGAAAAUCAAGAUCCUAGGAAAGAUGGUUUUAGGAGCAGCCCAUCCUUUCCCCAGAGUCUUGGGUAUUCCCCCAUAAUGGCAUUCUUAUGAUCUCUCAUUUAGUAAUGACUCUAAGUAAGGCAAAGGGGCAGGGCCUAGGCAAACACGGGUAAGUAACUUGCUCAGGGUUACAGAGCCAGGAAAUAUCUGAGGUCAGAUUUGAACCCAGGUUCUCCCAACACCAGGCCUGGUACUCCAUCUACUGAGCCACCUAGCUGCCCCCUAGAUAUUGGAAUUGUUAGUAAUUUCCUUCUCUAGCUCAUUUUACAGAUGAGAAAACUGAGGAAAACAGGGCAAAGGACUUGCCCAGGGUCACACAUCUAGUAAGUGUCUGAAGCCUGAUUUGAACUCAGAGACUUCCUGACUCGAGGCCCAGCACCCCAUCCACUGGACCCUCAAGCUGCCUAUAAUUCAUCUUAAAGAUUGCCUAUCAUCUCAAUGGACAACGUCCCAACAUUGACAGUACUAUACCUAAAGAAGUUUCUCUCUAUCACUCACUUCUUCCUCCCCGUAGUCCAAGGGAAGGAGUGUAAUAGAAACAAAGAAUCAAAUCCAUCCCCUCUACAGUAUCCAACCAAUGGUGAUGGUUACUCAGUCUCCUGCUAAGAGUCAUUCAGGGACAGGAUGCCUCCUGUUCCCAAGGCUACCUUUUAGAUAAUCCUGAUUGUUGGGAAAUUUGGUCUCAUACCAAGCCAAAGCCAGCCUCCCUAUAUAAUUUCCAACUUAUAUUUGCUACAGCAGGAUUUCUUCAUAACCAUGAACUUAGUUUUUAAAAAUAUAUCUUGAUAAAUUUCAAUUUAAUCAAUUUCCAUUGUAAUCUUAUUUUAUUUUAUUCAUUUAAAAACAUUAAUCUAGGAAGGACUUCACCAGACUGCCAAAAGAGUACAUGACACAAAUAAGGUAAAGAACCCUCUCUCUAGGACCCAAGCAGAAUAAACAGAUUUCCUUUUCCCCAUGACAACCAUUCAGGUGUUUGAUGUAGAUGUGGUUCAGUGGAAAGAGUCCUGGAACUAAGAGAACUUUUGAGUUUGAAUGCUAGCUUUACUACUUCCUGUCUGUAUGAUAUAGUUUGGGCAAAUCAUUUCAUCUCUUUGGGUCUUAGUUUCCAACUCUGGAAAAUGAGAGGGCUAGACUGCAUGACCUCAAAGUUCCUCCCAGCUCUAAAUUUAUAAAGGAUCAGCUACAAGGAUCAGAUGAAGCAGAUAGGUGGCUCAGUAAGUGGAGCUCUAGACCUCAAGUCAGGACAGACUUGAGUUCAAAGUCAGCCUCACUAUCUGUGUGACACUAAGCAAGUCACUUCACUUCUGUCUGCCUCAGUUUCCUUAGCACUAAAAUGGAAGUAAUAAUGGAAACUACCUUCUAGGGUUAUCACAAGGAUAAAAUGGUAUAAUGUUCAUUUAUUAAUUAAAAGAAAACCUUUGCCUUCUGCUUUAGAAUCAAGAAGUAUCGGUUCAAAGGCAGAAGAGCAGUAAGGACUAGGCAGUGGGAGUUAAGUGACUUACCCAGCUAGGAAGUGUCUGAGGUCAGAUCCUGGCUCUCUCUAUCAACUGUGCUGCCUAGCUGCUCUGGUACACAAGUUAUAAGAUACUCAGCACAUCA